AUGUCUCUCAGCAGGAUCUUGAACAACGACUCGGAGCCACCUACCCCCGCGUUUUCGCCGCCGAAGCCGCCUCCGACGACGGCCGAUGCCCCAGCGAUCAGCAGCUCGCGGCCGAGGCGCGCGACGAUAUCGCCUCGCCGGUCUCCCCCGCGCCCUCUUAACGAGCAUCCGCCCGUGCCCCGAGGAGCCGCAUACCAACCCCCGCUAUACGAAGGCGCCGGUGGCUAUGAUCCAUACUCGGGAGAGCAUGUGCAAGGGAACAUGUUUCCGCUUGGACAAGGCGGGAACUACUAUCGACAACGAGGCCCGGGGCAGCCCCCUCCCGAAGACGACGACAACACGGAGGAGGAGUCCUAUGGCGGAAGGAAAAAUGGCGACACCUCUGGCAGGAGGAAGAAAAAGGCGACGCAGGACGAUGAAGACUACCAGCCAGCGACCAGACGC